GAACCCAAAGCAAGCCUAACCAUCCCUCUCCCCAACUUUAGCUUCCCAUCUCACGGGAGCCGCGGCUGCACCAAGCUAGCGGUCGGACGAUUUCGAAGCCAGAGAAAAGAAGAUAGACUCUUCCCCUCUCCUCCCAUCCACUUCUCUUCUACUCUAAUUUCAACGAAUUCAUCUCUGAAUUAUUAGUAGAGUUGAAUUCCUUCUCGGUUUCUUCGGAUUACUCUCUUGGUUGGUAGCAGUGGAUCCAAGGUGGGAUUUUUGUUUUCUUUUUCGGUUGGUUUCUUGUGCAGUUGAUUCGAUUUCGAGGAGAGAGGGCCGAGGGGAGAGAUGGGAACGGAUUCGGACUCGGGCGGUGGAGGGGGCCGAGCACGGGGAUGGGUCCUCAAGGCGCUGGUCCUCUUCGGCGGGGCGCUUCUAUUGAAGAGGCUGAGGAAGUCCACCACCAGGUGGGACCACGCCCGCGCCGUCGCCGAAGCCCUCUCCGGCGAGAAGUUUUCUCGAGAGCAAGCUCGUAGAGAUCCUGACAAUUAUUUCAAUAUAAGAAUGCUUAUGUGUCCAGCAACAGAGAUGGUUGAUGACUCGAGAGUACUAUACUUUGAGCAAGCAUUCUGGAGAACUCCACAGAAACCUUUUCGACAAAGGUUUUAUAUGGUGAAGCCUUGCCCGAAGGAAAAAAAAUGUGAUGUUGAGUUAAGUUCAUAUGCCAUAAGGGAUGUGGAAGAGUACAAAAACUUUUGUGACCGUCCAAAGGACCAGCGACCACAGCCUGAAGAAGUUAUUGGGGAUAUUGCAGAACAUUUAACAACCGUACACCUUUCGCGCUGUGAACGUGGAAAGCGCUGCUUAUAUGAAGGCUCAAGUCCACCUGGUGGCUUCCCUAAUUCCUGGGUACCCUUCUGUAUACUUUCUCCUGCAGUUUCCUUUGGGCUUCUGAAUGGAGCGACAUAUUGCACGUCGGAGCUUGCAAUUCACAAAUAUGGUGAAGUACAUACUUGGGAUAGGGGCUAUGAUGAUGAAGGAAAUCAGGUCUGGGGAGCGAGGGGAGGUCCAUAUGAGUUCAAACCUGCACCAUCAUCUAGUGACGAUGACAUGUUUUCACCUCUAAAUUUUGCCCCGACAUUGUCUCUAGAGAAGAAGAUGGAGGGAUCUUUUGUGGUUGAUGAGCAAUAAAUUCACUAUGUAAAUUCUACAGCUAGAAAAUUGAAAUAGAUGUAUAUACUGCAUCCCUUUUCUUUUGUUGCAUUUCUUUGUUUGUUUUGGUCGACUGCUGCCAACUCGAGCUCAAUGGCUUCCUUUGUCCCAGGUGUUAUCAAUUUCCUCUGCAAGACGCACAAAUUUCCAUGUUCAAGGUAUGAGGCACUUGAUACUUCUUACUAGAGAAGGCAGAAUAAACAUUCUUUUGGGUUUUUAGUCCUUUUCCUUUUUCCACCUCAAGCUGUUAGAUUCACAGGGUCCAAACAGAGUUGGCUGAAUCAGGGCAGAUAUUUCAGCCAUAGGAUCAACAAUCCAAAUUACCAUAAGAGGCCCCUACUAGGGAGUGGUUGUUUUGCAAUAUGGCACAAUGGUUCAAAUCCAAGCAACCCUUGGAUUACAUCUGUAAUAAAUUAUGUACAGAGUAUUUAGUGAAAAAGCUGUAAGUUAAUAUGCAUAAUCUCGAAAUUCGAAUAGUUUGUGCAUGCAUCAGUUAUUUCGGAAUA